AUGUCGCAGCGACAAAAAUACCUGGUGGUUGCCGUGGUGGUUUUGGCGGUGUGUUAUGAGGCAUUCGUGAAGCUUAUUUCACCUGGCAUGCAGUUCAACCUAGAUGUGGAUGCCCUUGUGGAAGGUUCGAGGAAGCUGAGGCAGGAACAACUAAAAUUUGCUCCACGGUCGGAUUUGACGAAACUGAAGCCAAGCACCAACUCUUACACCGAGGCGCUGUUUCCGGAUGGUCGGUUGGUGGUCCCUGGAAAGGAUCAAUUGGGAAAAGAGAAUGCCACUAUUCUGAUGCUGUGUCGGAACAGAGAGCUUUCGGGGGUUUUGUCUGCGAUGAGAUCGCUCGAGGAUCACUUUAAUCGGGAAUAUAGAUAUCCAUGGACGUUUCUGAAUGACGAACCUUUCACAGAGAAUUUUAUAGAGGAGACCAGCAAGAUGGCCAGCGGGAAGACCCAGUACGGUUUGAUCCCGGCUGAAGAUUGGAACAGGCCUUCUUGGAUAGAUGAAGACUUGUUCAAACAGAGGCUUCAAGAAAUGUCUGACCAACAGGUCAUUUACGGAGGUUCGCGAUCCUACCGAAACAUGUGUCGAUUUAAUUCAGGGUACUUCUACAGACAGGAGCUGGUGAAACAGUACAACUGGUACUUCCGGGUUGAGCCCGACGUGGAAUAUUUUUGCGAUUUUCAAUAUGACCCAUUCACUCUGAUGAGGGAGAACAAUAAGAAGUAUGGGUUCGUGAUCAGCUUGUUUGAAUACGAGGAUACGAUACCUACUCUGUGGCCCACUGUGGAGGAAUUUAUGACCAAGUAUCCGCAGCAUCUUCAUCCCAACAAUGCACUAGAGUUCAUCACCUCCAAAGACAUGAUCACCCUCGAGGGCAUGAUCCCCGAGACAAACCAUUCAUAUAACAUGUGCCAUUUCUGGAGCAACUUCGAGAUCGCCAAUCUCGACUUUUUCAGGUCGGAGGCUUACAAUCAGUUCUUCGAGCAUCUUGACCAGGCCGGAGGUUUCUACUACGAGCGCUGGGGAGAUGCUCCAGUUCACUCCAUUGCAGUGUCACUGUUGAUGGACAAAAACGAGGUUCAUCACUUCGAGGACAUUGGAUACUUCCAUAACCCUUUCAUGACCUGCCCGUCGAGCAAACAGAUGAAAAGUGGAAAACGGUGCGUUUGCCGGGCAGAUACCGGAAACGUAGAUCUGGCUAGUCAUAGUUGUCUUCCGCGAUGGUGGAAAUACGGCGCUGGCAAGAAGUUUCUCAGGGACUCGUACAAUGUAGAGGACUUUCAAGCCAGCCUCUAA